GAGUGGGAAGAUCACGCCAAAUAAAACCAUACUCUGGAACCAUGUACUCUGGAAAUGAAUGUUUUUUUUUAUGUCAGUAAUUUAUUAUGCAUGGGUGGAUGAGUUUACAAUCUUAUUCCUUUAGCUACAUCAAACUUUUAUACAUUGAACAAAUAUAUUAGCUAAACUAUUGCGUUUAGAAGACAAGGAUAGCCUAUAAAGAAAUAUGUCAUAAAGAAGGAUGUUUUCAACUGGAUGUACUGAGCAGCAUUGUCCAAACUGGUCCAAUGGGCCAGUGGGAGCACCACACAUGUCGCCACAGCAGUUCCCAUUAUCGCCAGGAUGCAACUGCUUCUUGUCAUCUGGAUACAACGGUGGCCUCUUCAUCCCUCCAGGAUAUGAUGGCAACCCACCAGCAUUCCACAUGUCAUGUCCCCCAAGGUGGCCCUGUGCGCUGGGUGGCUCUCCCUGCCCCAUGGAGCAAUUCUACAUGGAGCCCUUCUUUGGGCCAGGCUGUACGUGCUUCUUCCCUCAUGAAUGCAACAGCAACAUCUUCAUCCCUCCUGGGUACAACAGCAGUCCAACGCCAUUCCACAUGCAGCACCACUGGAAUCACUUUUCUACAGACCAGUACAACCUGGCACCUAGCAGUAUACCUGACCACAGUCCUGCUGAUCUUGAAACCAACACAACUGAAGAUAGUCUCAGCAAUAACAACAUAGAGACAGAGAAGUGUGAACCCGGGCUUGCCCCUGCACACUGCCAGGACAUGCCCACCUCAAGGGAGAAGCAGCUGGACAACGUUGUGGAAAAUAUGCAUGUUGAUAAUAUGACGGUCAGUGGGAGGGGGCUGAUAUCCAGACAGCUUUUAAAAUUAGUUUAAUUUAAGCAAUAGCCUGGUGGCAAUGAGCACAUAUUGUCCCAUUAUAGUAAAUUAAUACAUUGUUAACCUUUUCCUCUACCAUUGAAAGCAAUUGUCAGAAAUAACAAUGGACCUGAUAUUUAAGCCUGAGACCAGGCACAUGAAAAUUGUAAGCAAAACUUUUAAGGGACCGUAAUACCAGAUCCAACUAGAUGUUAUGGACCUGAUAGAAUAUGAUAUGUCUUUGUGGUCUGCAGAAACCAGACCUUGUUCCUGGAAAAUUUCCAGAGAAGUCCAGCGAGACACCAGUGUCCUCCAAGGAGUCCAUUCAGCAACAUAAUGGAGAACUCAUAAUCUGGGAGACAGAAAUGCCACAGCAUCUGACUGAGGCAUUUAUUGGAGAAGAAGGGCACUAUUUGAAGUUUGUGAGGCAGAGUUGUGGUGGACUAGUCUACAUGUCCACACAUCCUCGUACCCAGGACUAUAUGGUCUGUAACAUAAUGGGUACAAAGCACCAAGUGUAUAAGGCACUGGACUUGAUCAGGAAAAAGAUAAAAUGUCAGGGCCUGAAAAACAUCUACUCCCCACCUACUGUGACCUUUGGGGGAUAUAUGAAUGAGGCUGAAACCCCCAAGAAAGAUCAGAAUGGACAUAGUAUCACAGGCGAAGCCUGUGUGAGUCAUGAGGGCCCUGAGAGUCACAAAGCUGUCCUACGCAGUGCCUGAGAGCUAGGAGAUCUUUCAUCAGGGGUCACAAGAAGCUUCUCAGGGUUGUGAUGUGAAAGACAUUGUACUCUGUUCACUGCAUUGUAUUGAUGUCUAGUUGCCCUGUAC